AUGUUUCGUCCUUUGGUUUACUCGGCCCUCUUUGCAACUACCCUUGGGUACCGCAUCUUUGAGUACACAGGCCAACGCUGCACAGGCGCUGAAGUUAGGGCUCACCGGCUUGCAGGGCCUAGUGCAUGUAUCAAGCUAGACGAGGGAGCUAUCUCGUCGCUUCCUGUUAAGAUUGACAAUGUCCAUGUCCACAGAUACUCGGUUAAUGUUUACGGGAAUGACGACUGCACCGGCCCCGUUGUCGGAGCUAUUCAGAACAUGAAUGGUUGCCUUAAUAAUCUACAUGCGUCCAGCAACACCAUCGGCAAGUCAGUCCAAGUUGUCCCUGUUUCUCGGGAAUCCGAUACGCCGACAAGCGAAAGCUUUGAGACCGACUAUCUAUACAAUCUCCCCGCGGGAGAUGAUGAGCAUAUGGAGGUCCCGAUCGCCCACGGCCUCUUCCGCAGAGUGGAUAAAGCUAACCACGCGGAAAACGGCGCCUAUGUCGACGAAGCCUUUGGCAUGUUCUUGACCACUGAUCUGGAGCAUGUCAGUAGCAUCCAGAGCAUUUGGGCCAAUCCAAUUGAGGAUGCAACCUCGGACGAGUCUUUGAACUCAUCCUCGGUGCAUGUCGAGAGGCUAGGCAGCUUGGAUGACAUACAGUGA